AGUCUGAGGGGUGGGAACCUCCUCGGAGGCCGCCCAGCGAUUGGCCAGAGGCUGGAAGGAGCGUGUUCUUGGAGGCGGGGCGGGGGCCGGCAGGGCGAGCCCGACGCCGAGGUGGUGGCGGCGGCCUUGAAUAAGUGAGUGAGCGGCUCCUGGAGUGCCUCUCCACCGGGGACGGGAGGUCGGGGGGUCCCGGGACCCCCGAAAGCCGCGAGGCGACGCCGAGGUGAGGCGCCGUGCGUGAACGCGGACGAGGGAAGCGGAGCGCCCCGCCCUCCCGCCCUUCCUGGACCGCGCCUCGCGGCGCCUCCCCCGCCGGCCCGUGUCCGCCCGCACCCGCGCUCGGCGCCGAGCCCCGGGUGUGCGCGGCCGACGCGCGCCCGCGCUCUCUUCCGCCCCCUCCCCGGCUCCCGCUGGCUCCGCUCCGGGAACUCGGAAGUUCCCUGGUCCUGCCCCGCCUCACAGAGGGGAAACUGAGGCCCGGGGGGCGGGCCCCUCCUUUCCCGCGUCUCCACGCAGACGCCAUGGCCGAGCCCCUGAAGGAGGAAGACGGCGAGGACGGCUCCGGGGAGCCCCCCGGGCCUGUGAAGGCGGAGCCCGCCAGCGCCGCCGCCUCCGUGGCGGCCAAGAACCUGGCCCUGCUCAAAGCCCGCUCCUUCGACGUGACCUUCGACGUGGGGGACGAGUACGAGAUCAUCGAGACCAUCGGCAACGGCGCCUACGGCGUGGUGUCCUCCGCGCGCCGCCGCCUCACCGGCCAGCAGGUGGCCAUUAAGAAGAUCCCUAACGCUUUUGACGUGGUGACCAAUGCCAAGCGGACCCUCAGGGAGCUGAAGAUUCUCAAACACUUCAAGCACGACAACAUCAUUGCCAUCAAGGACAUCCUGAGGCCCACCGUGCCCUAUGGCGAGUUCAAAUCUGUCUAUGUGGUCUUGGACCUGAUGGAGAGUGACCUGCACCAGAUCAUCCACUCCUCACAGCCGCUUACGCUGGAGCACGUGCGCUACUUCCUGUACCAGCUGCUGCGGGGCCUCAAGUACAUGCAUUCAGCUCAGGUCAUCCACCGUGACCUCAAGCCCUCCAACCUGUUGGUGAAUGAGAACUGCGAGCUCAAGAUUGGUGACUUUGGCAUGGCUCGCGGCCUGUGCACCUCGCCCGCUGAGCACCAGUAUUUCAUGACUGAGUAUGUGGCCACGCGCUGGUACCGUGCCCCUGAGCUCAUGCUCUCACUGCAUGAAUAUACCCAGGCUAUUGACCUGUGGUCUGUGGGCUGCAUCUUCGGUGAAAUGCUGGCCAGACGCCAGCUCUUCCCAGGCAAAAACUACGUGCACCAGCUGCAGCUGAUCAUGAUGGUGCUGGGUACCCCAUCGCCAGCUGUGAUUCAGGCUGUGGGGGCUGAGAGGGUGCGGGCCUACAUCCAGAGCCUGCCGCCGCGCCAGCCUGUGCCCUGGGAGACAGUGUAUCCAGGUGCUGACCGCCAGGCCCUCUCACUGCUGGGGCGCAUGCUGCGUUUCGAGCCCAGCGCCCGCAUCUCAGCAGCUGCCGCCCUUCGCCACCCCUUCCUGGCCAAGUAUCAUGACCCUGAUGAUGAGCCUGACUGUGCCCCACCCUUUGACUUUGCCUUUGACCGUGAAGCCCUCACCCGGGAGCGCAUUAAGGAGGCCAUUGUGGCUGAGAUUGAGGACUUCCAUGCAAGGCGUGAGGGCAUUCGCCAGCAGAUCCGCUUCCAGCCUUCCCUGCAGCCUGUGGCCAGUGAGCCUGGCUGCUCCGACAUUGAGAUGCCCAGUCCAUGGGCUUCCAGUGGGGACUGUGCCAUGGAGUCACCUCCUCCAGCCCCACCGCCAUGCUCCGGUCCUGCGCCUGACACCAUUGAUCUGACCCUGCAGCCACCCCCGCCGCCCAGUGAACCAGCCCCUCCGAAGAGAGAAGGUGCCAUCUCAGACAACACCAAGGCAGCCCUCAAAGCUGCCCUGCUCAAGUCCUUGCGGAGCCGGCUCAGAGAUGGCCCUAGUGCUCCCCUGGAAGCUCCUGAGCCUCGGAAGCCAGUGACAGCCCAGGAGCGCCAGCGGGAGCGGGAAGAGAAGCGGCGGCGGCGGCAGGAGCGAGCCAAGGAGCGGGAAAAGCGUCGGCAGGAGCGGGAGCGCAAGGAGCGAGGAGCUGGGGCCUCUGGGGGCCCCUCCACUGAUCCCCUGGCUGGGCUGGUGCUCAGUGACAAUGAUCGCAGCCUGCUGGAGCGCUGGACUCGCAUGGCCCAGCCCCCAGCCCCCCCCCCCGCACCAGCCCAAGCCCUGGUACCAACGCCCGCCCCAGCGCGGCCCGCCAGCCCUCCUGCUGGCCCUGUAGCCCAGCCUGCUGGCCCCCCACCACAACCUGCAGGCUCCACCCCUGGUCCUGUACCACAGCCUGCCUGCCCAGCCCCUGGUCCUGUUCCCCACCCUGCUGGCCCUCCUGGGCCCAUCCCUGGCCCUGCUCUCCAGACCACCACCUCCUCUAGCCUCCUGGACCCCCAGUCUCUUGUGCCACCUGCCGGGCUGCCUGGCCCCAGCACUCUGGGUGUUUUGCCUUAUUUCCCAUCUGGCCCACCCCCUCCAGACCCCGGGGGGGCCCCUCAGCCCUCCACCUCAGAGUCACCCGAUGUCAACCUGGUAACCCAGCAGCUGUCCAAGUCGCAGGUGGAGGAUCCCUUGCCCCCUGUCUUCUCGGGCACUCCAAAGGGCAGUGGGGCCGGCUAUGGUGUUGGUUUUGAUCUGGAGGAAUUCCUAAACCAGUCUUUCGACAUGGGCGUGGCUGACGGGCCACAGGAUGGCCAAGCGGACUCGGCCUCGCUCUCAGCCUCCCUUCUUGCUGACUGGCUUGAGGGCCACGGCAUGAACCCUGCUGACAUUGAGUCCCUGCAGCGUGAGAUUCAGAUGGACUCCCCGAUGCUGCUGGCUGACCUGCCUGACCUCCAGGAGCCCUGAGGCCCACAGCCUGUGCCUUGCCGCCAGAGGCGGGCCGACCCAGCUCCAAGGCCCACAGGAGCAUCCCUGAGGGCUGGAGCCAUGGGCCCGGCAGGGGAAGCUCGGCUUGGAUUAUUCUGCAGGUUCAUCUCAGACCCACCCUGCAGCCUUAAGCAGUCACCUGAGCCACCACCAAGCCAUCAGGAAACCCCCACUCCCGGAGCGAUCCUUUUCAGUAUUGUAUUUUUAUUAUUAUUAUUGUUGUUGUUGUUAUUAUUAUUAUUAUUACACGAUUUUUUUCCAUCAAAAUGAGGCCCGUGAAAUAUAUGGUCCCCU